UGUUCCAAGUCUCUGGAGUGCCGUUGCUAGGGAUACAGCAGCGUCGCAACCAGUGAGGAAGCUGUCUCUCCUCCUGGCUACUUUAGAACAUAAUGCAGUGCAAAACAGCCUCUAACUCGUUUACAAAGCCGGUAUUUGGAUAAAUGACUGAUCAUGGAGCAUGAUGAUGAACUGAAUGAUUUGAGGCUUCAGUUCCAAGCGCUACAAAAACAGCAGGAGAGAAGAAAAUUGGAGAGGAAAAAGGAGAAAGAACCAGAUAAGCCUAAUUUCAGCGCUACCCAGGAUGAUUUGGAUCUAUCUAAGCAAGGUAUUCAGACAGACGAUCUGCAACUGAGACUGCUACAGAAUGAGAAUCAAAACCAAAAUUUGCUGGACCAACUGAGGGAGCUUAAGGAUGAAAAUGGUCGACUCUUCAAACUUCUGAGUGAGAAGGAUUUUGAAAUUAAACACCUGAAGAAGAAAAGAGAAGAAGAACGACUGGUUUUUGCAGGCACAUCAGGCCUGGCAGGGGAUAUCGCAGCUACCAAGAUCAUUGAGCUGUCCAAGAAGAAUAGAGAGAUAAUUGCUGAAAUUGAGCGAGAAAAGAUUAAAUCCAAGCAAAACAGCAACAGAGUCAAAGAGCUUGAGAAAGAGCUGCAGGUGGCUUUGGUGCACUCUCCAUCUGGGCAAAAGAUUGAUACAAAGUCACAGAGGUCAUAUGAAGACUGUGAGCAGGAAAAUCCAGCGGUGAAAUCUCUGCAGGAUAAAUUAGCUGCUGCCCAGCUGAAAGCGACUGAGUAUCGCAACCAGGUUCAAUCUGUCAAACAGGAGCUGAAAGUAGCUCAGAAGGUUUUGAUCAGUGAGAUUGGAGAGGAGGUCAACUUUCAGCAGUUACUGAGCUCCCCCGGGAGUUUUAGAGGUCGCUCUCAGCACAUAUUGGCUCUUCAGACAAGGGUGCGGGACCUGGAGCAGCAGCUGAGCCAGUCGACUCAACGAAGAAGUGUCCUGAGUGUAGAGGAAGAGUUUCUGGGCAUGGGGGUCCUUCAGAAAACCCCUCCUCAGGACAAGAACCUCAGCUACAUCCGCGCCAUGGAGAAGGAGAAGAGGGAGGCAUUUGAGAGGAUCUCAGCGGACUACGAGGCCCUCCUUAAAGACCACGAGGACGUGAAGAAAAAGCUGGAAGCGUCUAAAGCCAGGAACAAAUCUCUGUCUACCGAAAUGAAAUCUGUGAAGGCCCAGAUCUCCACCCUCAUGGAGAAGGGUAAACAUGAUGAUGAGCUGGUGGCUGCUCUGCUGAAGCAGCAGACUCAGAUGCAGGAGGUGCUGAAACGGCUCGGCCAGCAGCAGAACGUACAGAGCAGGGAGGCCCAGCGGAGCCCGAAACAACAGCUGGUCAGCGAGCCUCCAGAGCACAACACUCUCACCCAGAAGCUGAAGCUGAUAGUUGCUGAGAGAGAGGCCAGGAUCAAAGAACUAGAAGGGGAGAUCCAGCAGCUCUCUGUCAAGGAUGAGGCUGAGGAGAGACAGUCCAGCCUCAAGACAACUAUUUGCAGUUCAGGAUUUCCCCCUGAAGAGGGAGACAUCAACAAGAGAAUAACAUCUUCAGGUUCGGUUUCUAGAUUUGGUCAUAAACUGGUGCUGCCUGCUGUCAGAAGUAGUAUAGAAUACAAAGAGAAAGAGAUGAGCCAGAGGUUUUUGGAGGCGGAUCAGAAGCAGCAGGAGGAGCAGCAGCUGGAGAGGGCAAAAUUGAAUCCAAAGUAAGGACUGUGCAAGUAGCAAACUGGAGCAUUGUCCCAGCACCAAGGUGGCAGCAGGAGUCGCUGGGCAACAGGAACUGAAUAGACAAAUAGGCAGGCAUUUGUAAACAUCUUAUCUUUAACUCUGACGUUACUGUUUGACUAUCUCACUUGAAAACAAGCAAGAUUUCAAGAUUUACACCAGACGGCAGGAAUUCUUAGCAAUGGACACACUGCUCAUUCUAACCAUUAUGUCUGGGCUGCACAGAGAUGCUCAUGCUCUUGUACGUUGCCUCCUGGCUGGUCAUUUAGCUGCAGGAAAUGGAUGCGCUGAGAGCAUCGCUGAAGAGCACCCUCCACCGUGACCUGCAGCUCCGCGGUGACGUGAUGAGACAAGCCGAGCGUGUUUUCCUGGAGGCUCUGUGACAGCCCAGACUAGACACUAACCAGGGGAACUGGCUGGUCCCUGCUCAGCCUCACGUCCAGCUGAGCCCUACCUUCUCCUGUCACAUGUGACAAACAGCAGCCUGCCGGAAACAGGCUCUCCUCUUCUGCCACACAAACAUCAUACAGGUCUUUUUUCUCCGUUUGAAGCCCUCAAAGACAGUUUGUGCUGGUUCCUUUGUGCGUUCGGCGACCUCAGUUUAACCGCUUGAGUGCCUGAAGGCAUCAGACGAGUGUUCCUGCUGAUUACAGAAAAGUUUGAUGCUGAUUUUGUCUGCUUGCUGUUUUAUAAAUGUCACAUUUUAUUAGAUUUGUGUAUGUCUUUCCCUCUACUGUUAAAGUGCUUUGCAGGUAUAGAGAGCAACAAUGUCUGUUUUUGAAGUAUUUGUGUAACUUAAUGGGACAUCCAGUUUAAUCAAUGAUGUUUUGAAUAAUGUUUACAUUCAUGGCUAUGACCUUCCUAGAGUUUCGAGUUUCUUUUGGCUCCAGGCGGUUGUACAUAAAUGUGUGACAGGCCAAGCCAAAUAGUAAACACCUUCCCAAAAA